CAUCUUGUUGGCUGAAUUAAUGGAGAAACAGAAGAAGACAGGAUUCAAAUCUGCUCCUCCAGCUCUCUGUUAUGCUGGACCUAGAUAUGUGGAGUGUGAUUUCUGCACUAGGAGGAAACUCAAAGCUGUCAAGUCCUGCCUGGUGUGUCUGGCAUCUUACUGUGAGACUCACCUCCAGCCUCACUAUGAAGCCUUUAAGAAGCACAAGCUGGUCAAAGCCUCCACACAACUACAGGAGAAGAUCUGCUCUCAUCAUGACAAACCACUGGAGGUUUACUGCCAUACCGAUCAGCAGUGUAUCUGUUAUCAGUGUAUAAUGGAUGAACAUAAAGGCCAUGAUACAGCUACAGCAGAAAGGACUGAGAAACAGAAACAGUUGGGGGAGAAUCAUCAGAAAUCCCAGCAGAGAAUCCAGCAGAGCGAGAAGAAGAUGAAGAAGCUGGGACAGGCGGUGGUCUCUCUGAAGCGCUCUGCACAGGUAGCGGUGGAGGACAGUGAGAGGAUUUUUACUGAGCUGAUCUGUUCCAUUGAAAGAAGGAACUCUGAGGUGAAGGAGCAGAUAAGAGCCCAGGAAAAUGCUGAAGUGAGUCGGGCUAAAAAGCAACUGAAGCAGCUGGAGCAGGAGGUCGCUGAGUUGAGGAGGAAAGAUGCUUAGCUGGAGCAGCUUUCACACA